AAACAGAAAAACAAAAUGAUAAGAAAGAUGAAGAGAGAAAUAAGGCAAAAGAGCCACCGUCUCAGAACCAAGGAAAUUUAAGGUGGCCUUAGACGACAGAACCAAGAUGCGGCGUUUUGUUAUGUCAAGCUCCAAACACAUGUCUAUGUUCUUCAUCUUUGUGUCCCUGGCUUUGAAUUGCUUCCAACGCUUUGGAUCCAACGCUCAACUCAUACCACAAAACGAAGUGAAGUUACUACAAGCAAUAUCAGACAAGGUAGAGAACUUGAAUUGGAAGCUUACAAGGCGUUCCUGCAACGGGCAUAGAGGGUUUGAUAACAGGAAUAUUUCAAGGGAUCAGGAUCAAGUCACAAGAAAUGUUACGUGCGAUUGCUCUUUCAACAAUAGAACCAUUUGCCAUGUAACUUUGAUUGUGCUCAAGGGUCUCAAUAUAUCUGGAGCUAUACCCAAUGAAUUUGGAAAUCUAACUCAACUGAUAAUACUUGAUCUCACUAGGAAUUAUUUCAAUGGCUCAAUUCCAAAAAGUCUUGGACGCCUUUCAUCACUUCAAACUCUGUCACUUUUGGGGAAUCGACUUACUGGUUCAAUUCCUUCAGAAAUUGGUGAUAUGACUAAUCUGACAGAACUGAACUUGGAAGAUAAUCAACUUGAAGGACCUCUUCCUCCCAGCCUUGCAAAUUUGAGCAGCUUGCAGAGAUUACUUCUUUCUUCAAAUAAUUUCACAGGGACAAUACCAGAAGCAUAUGGAAAUCUAAAGAAUCUCAUUCAGUUUAGGAUAGAUGGAAGCAGUUUGUCUGGGAAGAUUCCUAGUUUUAUUGGGAACUGGACCAAACUUGAAAGAUUGGAUUUGCAGGGCACAUCCUUGGAAGGCCCAAUUCCCUCUGUGAUAUCUAACUUGACAAGUUUGACAGAAUUGCGAAUAUCUGAUUUGAAGGGUCCAACUAUGGGAUUUCCCAAUCUGAAGGAUUUGAAACACAUGCAAAGACUGGAAUUGAGAAACUGCUUAAUCACUGGUUCCAUUCCAGGCAACAUUGGUGAAAUGGAAAGUUUAAAAACAUUAGAUCUGAGUUCUAACAGAUUGACUGGUUCAAUCCCAGAUUCAUUUCAGGACUUCCAAAAGAUUAAUUUCAUGUUUCUGACUAACAAUUCUCUAAGUGGACCAAUUCCUGGAUGGAUACUGAACAGCAAACAGAAUAUUGAUUUAUCUUAUAACAAUUUUACACAGGCGUCUACAUCUACCUGUGAGAUCUUGGACGUGAACUUAGCUUCCAGUCUCUCUCCUUCGGCUAACACUUCAUUAUCCUGUUUGAAGAGGGGCCUACCUUGUUCAGGAAAACCCCAGUAUCAUUCACUGUUCAUAAAUUGUGGAGGACCUGAAACAGAGUUUGAGGGGUAUGAAUAUGAAGCUGACACCAAUCUACGUGGCAUUUCAACUUUUGUUUCUAGUAAUAGCGGCAAAUGGGCUUAUAGCAGCACUGGAGUAUAUCUGGGAAAUGAAAAGGCUGAUUAUGUAGCAACAAAUCAGUUUUCUUUGAAUAUUACUGGCCCUGAAUACUACCGAACAGCCCGCAUGGCCCCUUUGUAUCUUAAUUACUAUGGCCUUUGUAUGCUGAAUGGCAAUUACAAAGUGAAACUUCAUUUUGCUGAGAUAGUGUUUUCUGAUGACCAGAAGUUUAGCAGCCUUGGAAAGCGCAUAUUUGAUGUUUCAAUCCAAGGUUUUAAAUAUUUGAAAGAUUUAAACAUUGUAGAAGAAGCUGGUGGAGUUGGUAAAGGAGUCACUAAGGAGUUUAAUGUUGAUGUUAAUGACAGCACCUUGGAAAUCCACUUAUCCUGGGCAGGGAAAGGAACUAAUGCCAUUCCUAUAAGAGGUGUAUAUGGACCUCUUAUAUCCGCUAUCACUGUGACACCAAACUUUAAAGUUCCCUCAAAUGGGCUGUCUACUGGAGCAAUUGUUGGAAUUGUGACCGGGUCAUGCAUGUUUGUCAUACUGAUACUCUUUGCUCUUUGGAAGAUAGGUUUUCUUUGUGGGGAAGAUCCAAGAGACAAAGAACUACAAGAUCUGAAGACGGGUUAUUUCAGUUUAAGACAAAUUAAAGCUGCUACUGAUAACUUUGACCCAGCAAAUAAGAUAGGUGAAGGAGGCUUUGGACCAGUAUACAAGGGUGUACUGUCAGAUGGUACUGUGAUUGCUGUUAAGCAGCUUUCCUCAAAAUCAAAGCAAGGGAACCGCGAAUUUGUCAAUGAAAUUGGCAUGAUAUCAGCUUUGCAACAUCCAAAUCUUGUGAAGCUUUAUGGCUGCUGCAUUGAAGGCAACCAGUUGCUGCUAAUAUAUGAAUACAUGGAGAACAAUAGCCUUGCUCGUGCACUUUUUGGUAAAGAAGAACAGAAGAUACACUUGGAUUGGCCCACAAGAAUGAAGAUCUGUGUGGGCAUUGCAAGGGGAUUAGCUUAUCUUCAUGAGGAAUCUAGGUUGAAAAUAGUACACAGGGAUAUUAAGGCAACCAAUGUCUUACUUGAUAAGCAUCUGAAUGCCAAAAUCUCUGACUUUGGCUUAGCCAAACUUGAUGAAGAAGAGAAUACCCAUAUCAGCACAAGAAUAGCUGGGACAAUUGGUUACAUGGCUCCUGAGUAUGCUAUGCGGGGUUACCUGACUGACAAGGCAGAUGUCUAUAGCUUCGGAGUUGUAGCUUUAGAGAUUGUUAGUGGAAAGAGCAACACAAAUUACAGGCCAAAGGAAGAGUUUGUAUAUCUUUUAGAUUGGGCCUAUGUUCUCCAAGAGCAAGGAAACCUUCUGGAGUUGGUGGAUCCAAGUCUUAGUUCAGGCUACUCAGCAGAAGAGGCCAUGAGAAUGCUGCAGUUGGCACUCUUGUGCACCAAUCCAUCUCCCACUCUUAGACCACCCAUGUCAUCAGUAGUGAACAUGCUUGAAGGAAAAACUCCAAUUCAAGCACCAAUAAUUAAACGCAGUGACAGUGCCCAAGAUGUGAGAUUUAAAGCCUUUGAGAUGUUAUCACAGGACAGCCAAACUCAUGUUUCUUCUGCGUUCUCACAAGAUAGUAUUGAGCAAAGAAGCAAAUCAAUGGGGGGCCCAUGGAUUGACUCUUCGGUGUCUCUUCCAAGUAGAGAUCAUUAUUCUUCAACCAAUAAACUUAUUCGAGGUUCCGAUGAUGUGUGAUUAGCAAGUUAUGGAGGCAACUCAUUAUAUUCAAAUUCUUUUGUAAAGGAUGUUAGUUACUAACAGUAACAAUUUAGAGUGAAAGCAUAAUACAUGUAAAAAAAGUAUCGUUGAAGUCAAACAUGGGGUUUCAAAGUGUAUAGAGGAUUUUUCAUUUUUGCUAUAUAUGGGGGUUUAAAGGCAUUUCAUGUGUUGAUCUUAUGAAUGCGGUAUUCAAUGUCAGUUUCAAAGCCUCAACAGCAUUGAUUUCUUAGGGCAUGGUGAUAGCACUUAAGAUUCAAAUUGUAUUCUAUAAAACAAAUAUAUAUGCUUUGGGUGGAUACUAUUUGCUCAUUAGAUUUUGAUGAAUAAGAUUGGAGCUGGAUCACAGCCUUAAAG